ACAGGUGAAGGAACGGGUCGGGGCCUCCUUCCUCCCCUGUGUCCUCCGGCCCGCAGGGGUCGCUCUAGAAGUGUACCGAAGGUGGUGGCCGGGUGAUGGCGGCCGCACCGAUCCCCGGCUCGGGGCCGCGGGUGGCGCGGACCAUGCUGGGGCAGGUGGUGCUGCCCGGGGAGGAACUGCUGCUGCCCGAGUCCGCGGGGCCUGGCGCCGAGGGCUCCGCGGAGCAGACGCUGCGCCUGGGAUCAGUCGUGCGGCCCCGCGCCCGCGUGGUGUGCGGCCCGGGCCUGCGGCGCUGCGGAGACCGCCUGUUGGUCACCAAGUGCGGCCGGCUCCGCCACAAGGAGCCCGGCGGAGGCGGAGGCGGAGGCGGAGGCGUGUACUGGGUGGACUCCCAGCAGAAACGAUACGUCCCUGUUAAAGGAGACCAUGUGAUAGGCAUUGUGACUGCAAAAUCUGGUGACUUGUUCAAGGUUGAUGUUGGAGGGAGUGAACCAGCUUCUCUGUCUUACUUGGCAUUUGAAGGAGCGACCAAAAGAAAUAGACCAAAUGUGCAGGUAGGAGAUCUCAUUUAUGGCCAAUUUGUUGUUGCCAAUAAAGACAUGGAACCAGAGAUGGUCUGUAUUGAUAGCAAUGGAAGAGCAAAUGGAAUGGGUGUAAUUGGACAGGAUGGCCUGUUGUUUAAGGUGACGCUGGGUUUAAUCAGAAAGCUCUUAGCUCCUGAAUGUGAAAUUAUCCAGGAGAUAGGAAAACUCUACCCACUGGAAAUAGUAUUUGGAAUGAAUGGAAGAAUAUGGGUAAAAGCAAGAACUAUUCAACAGACUUUAAUUCUGGCAAAUGUUUUGGAAGCUUGUGAACACAUGACCACAGAACAAAGAAAGCAGAUAUUUUCCAGAUUGUCAGAAAGUUGACGCUACUUCUCUGCUUCAUUCUUUAUGUAGAAUAUGAUAUGAGCUAGUGGUAACACUGAUGGUUUUAUAAGAACUUUUUCAUCUUCAGAUGAAACCUUCCCUUCUCAUCAGUUCCUCAGGAUAAUGUAUGAUAAAAACAUUUGGUUUUGAUUUUUAUUAUUAGUAAGAAAGCCAUUAUCUGAGGGUAUACCCCCCUCAGUUAAGUAGCCAGUCCCAACUCAGCUAUCUUUGUCAGAGCCAGGCCCCAAGAGGAAAUGGUUAACAAAGAGCAAGAAUGAGCUUGAGGUUGGGAGGAAAUGGGGGGAGAAUUAUUGAGCAAGACAGUAGCACAUUUCAUUACUCUGGAUGCCAGCCCUGCAGUUACCAUUCCUGCCACCUGACAUUUACCCUCUCUUGAAACUGAAAACACAGAGCUUGUGAAUGCACAUCAGCUGUUAAGUGCUUUUUAGUACGUUCUUGGCUUUGUUGUAUCUAGUGCCGGUUUUGUGCUGGUUUUUUCCACACUGCCUUGGCCUCUUCCCUCCCCUCCUCUCCUUCCCUCCCUGUUUUCUUCUUCGUUUUCAUUUUCACAUCAUUUUUGCAGCACAUGGUUUCUUGCAGAUGAAUGAAAGCUGCUGUCAUCAUUGAGGAUGGGAGUUCCUGAGGAUGAGGUGGUGUUCCAUUUCCCUUCUCAGCUUUCUCUGUUUCACUUUAGAAACCCUGGCUAGACUUUGUUAAAAUUCCAGUAUUGUUUCUUUUGGCUUUUCCUCACCUUUUCUGACCUGCAUGUUUGGUUCUGGGUUACUGUGGCUCCAAGAAGCAAAUAGGAAAGAACUCCCCGACAGGUUGGCCUGUCUGUUGACCUACACGUAGAAUUAGAUACCGUUUCUAAGGGUAGGGAUCAAACAGUGGCAUAGUCCUUCCCACCAGUUCACAGGUCAUUUUCUUUCCCUCUCACCCCCCAAUUCCUUUAUGUAAACAGAUACAAGUAAAAUAGGAUCAAAUUUAAAAAUAUGUCUCUUUAUAAAAUGUAGAAAAUGGGUAUUACUUUAGAGAAUUAAUCAGCUUCAUUUCCAUUGGUCUGUCAAUCAUAAUUCUGCCCCAACCAAAAUCCAUACUAGGGAACCCCUUUUAUUAGGCAGAUUAGAGGGUUGUGUUUGUUUUAACUAUUUUGCAAACUGCAGUCUGGUUUUAUCUCCACUGGGGUGAGGUGCUUUGGGGGCUUGCACAGCAGUGCAGAUCUGUGCCCAUUUGAACAUAAAGAAAUGCUCAUUGAGUCUUUGCUUUUUUAAGAGUUACCUUUUUGGUUGUACAUGUUUGGUAAGCAACUUUUAAAUUCAGGUUUAUUCAAAUAAAGUUGACUUUGUGUUGUGAUGGAAGGAGUGUAAAACUUACUGCCACAUAUGCAUCUAGCCCUAGUAUUUGUCCUCAAGUGUAAAUAGUCAGUAGUGAGAUGCUGUGUUUCCUAUCAUCAUUUUUAAAAUGGGUCAUAAGAGCUGACCCUGGGAUCUGGCGGUGUGUCUCAUUCAGAUUCUGCAAGGACCUUGAAACAUCUCGUAGGUCUCUUAGAAACAUCUGUGUCUCUUAGAACCUGAGGGCUCAUCAGGGAAGAGUUUACUUUCCACUUGCAAAGUAUUCAGGAAGAUAAAAGACAAAGCUUUAAGGUUGAGGAUACCCAUAGCUAGAAGGAAGCCAGCAUAGUCGCAGGGUUUCUUGGAAACUAGCCACUUAAAGUCAGUCCACUUGGACAGCAGCAUUAUUAUUGACUCCUAGUUCCUGGCUUCACUUAACUGUUAUUUUGGUUCAGAGUUAAAGCAGUUUACAGAACCCCUUUCUCCUCUUUCCUGCUUCCUUCUUCCUUUCCUCCUUCCUUUCUUCUACCUUCAUACUCUCUUCUCCUAAGAUAAACCAUUUGUGUAACACACAUGUAAUCUAAGAAAGACACUUUAUUAUGUGGUUGUAAUCAAAAGGGAUGCUUUCAAAUGACCUUGUAUCUUCAGUGUGGAAAAUAUUAAAUACAGCAGCAACAAAAAUCCCA